AUGGCGCUUCUGUCAGUUGCAUAUCAAUAUUUUCUAAUUGGUUUUCAGUACAAUGUUUGAAAUACAUUAGAACUAAAUAAAUUUGUUUGGUUUGUCAUAAUGUCGACCAAUAACCUUUCAUCAGUUUUGAAGUCCUGCUCUGAGGGUGAGUUGAUUAACGAGGUUGCAGAGACUGGCAUGACACCAAAACAGGUGGAAGGAUCCCGACUAAAACGUACUUUUACUUUACCUCGGAAUCCCUUCGGUACUACAAAACCUAGUUCGAGUAGAAAUAAAAGCAACGAAAGCGAUAAUAAAUCUACAACAGGCACAAUUAUUGGUACAACUCAAAAAGACGAGGGUAUCGUUGAAAGGAAGUUGUUUAGAAGGCCAUCAUGGAAGAUAUUCUUGAAUAAAAUAGCUCAGCACAUGAGUACUGUGAACGUAUCGGGAGUUAAAACAGUCCCCACGAUAAUAAGCAAUGAGCGAGUGCCGUGCAGCGGGGACCCGCCGUGGCCACCGGGGGCGACGCCGGCCGCCACUGGAAUCAAAAACCACGGGAAUACUUGUUACAUGAAUGCAGUUCUUCAGUGCCUUUCACAUACUGAUGUCAUAGCUGAAUACUUUGUACUAGACCAUUACAAGGUGGAUUUACAGAAGAGAAAUAAGAUAAAUUCGAAAAAAUAUGGAACUCGUGGCGAAGUUACGGAACAAUUAGCUGCCCUCCUGAAAGCAUUAUGGUCAUGUAGAUAUACUCCUGAUAUGAGUAUUGCGUUCAAGGGUGCAGUAGAAAGGCAUGGCUCGCAAUACCGGGGCAACAGCCAGCAUGACGCGCAGGAGUUUCUCUUUUGGCUACUUGAUAAAGUGCAUGAAGAUUUGAACACAGCCACUAAGAAAAAGUAUAAAACUAUCAAGAAUACAGGAGGUAAGUCAGAUGAAGUGGUGGCGGCGGAGACAUUGGCGAACCACGCCCGGAGGAACAGCUCCUUUGUGCAGUCAGUUUUCCAAGCUCAGUACAGGUCUGCGCUGACGUGUGCGAAGUGCGAGCGCACGUCGUGUACGUUCGACCCGUUCCACUGCGUGAGCGUACAGCUGCCCACGCGGCUCAACACCGUGCAGCCCUCGCCGCUGCCCGUCAAUGUGGUGUACGUGAACCAGCAGCCGCGGCAGGUGCGCAUCGGCGUGGAGCUCCCCCCCACCGCGACCAUGGAGGAGCUGCGCACCGCGCUGCACAACGACACCGGCAUCGACGCUCAACAUAUUAUACUCAGCGAGAUCAACGAAACAGGAUGGUGCAACGCGCGCUCGGGCUGGGAGGUGGCGGGCAUAGACUACGGCGCGCUGUACUGCCUGGAGGCGCCGCCGCUGCUGCAGACGCCCACCACGCCCUACCUCCUGCUGCUGUGGGUCAACCUUCUCGACGGGGAACGCUUUGGUAUCUACACAUUUUAUAAAAACAUAACAUUAUAUACAUACGCUUUCUUGUUUCUUCAUAUGGAAAAGUCUUUGCCGCAUCCUCUGUUCGCUCUCGAAGUGGAGCAGGCGUUGUGCUCACACGACAAACACCCGUACUUGCGACUCGAACUGCUCUGGGACCCCGCGCACAGGGAUAGUAUAAUCCGCGAGGCGAGCGAGGCGUGCGAGGUGCACGUGUCUGCGGCGGGCGCGCGCGCCGGCCCGCUCACGCUGCACGCCUGCCUCGCGCACUACACGCGCGCAGAGCACCUGGCGCAGGAGGACGCCUGGAGAUGUCCCCAAUGCCAAAGAUACAUGCCAGUUGUGAAAACAUUGGGACUCUGGUCGCUUCCAGACAUCUUAGUCAUCCAUUUGAAGAGAUUUAGACAACAGGCAAAAGGUCGCACCAGUACGAAGUUAACGACCAUGGUAGAGUUUCCAUUAAACGAUUUGGAUAUGACGCCACAUCUAGUCAGAAGGAAUUCCUCCAACGACUCGCCCGGACACUCGCGCUCGCCGCGGCGACGACACUCCAAGGCCGCGCUCCACAACCCGCACGACAACAUCUACGACCUGUACGCCAUCUGCUACCACCACGGCGACGACCUAGAGACCGGACACUACACCGCCGCCUGCAAAAACCCCUAUGACAACCGCUGGUACAAAUUCGACGACUCCAGAGUCACUCCCGUCGAUGAUGACAACGCGUACGCCGAACUCGUCAACAACACCGUCUACAUGCUCUUCUACAAACGCAAAAAACCAACCGUCGUUCAUUCGUGUUCUACCAACGAUAAAGGCCAUUGGGCCUUACUAAUGCCCAAGUACGUAAAACCGGCCGGCGAAGUGCUAAACGAUUUAACCGAAGUCAAAGAGGAGAUCGAAAUCAAGACUGAGGUCGAAACUAAAGACGAUUCGGAGACUGACGACAUGAAGCAGAGCCCCACCCUCUCCCGAAGCGUUCCGAGCUUACCCGAUGAUAGUGUUAUCGAAUUUAUAACGCCCGAGACCCACGUCACUCCCGUCGUACACAACACGACUAUCUUUCAAUCGCCGACACUCCAGCGGCCGUUGAUAGUCGAAGUGAACGGAAGAGUG